AUUUUCUGGUUCAAAAUGAUGAACGAUAGGUUACUGCAUUACGUCGCCUCAUUUCGUGCGUAAAAUCACAAUUCGAACGAUUUAAGCACAUCUACGGAAUUUUCUAAAACCUAAUGAUUACGGAAUCUUUAUCCUCAUCUGGUAUCGCAGAUUACCUACAAUCAGAAAGAAAUCGACUUGAUGCAUUGAACCGUAAGAGGGUUUAUUCAUGUGUGGCAUCCCAGAAUUCGCACUUGUCCUCCACUGAUUUUCCUGGAGGACGUAAUCAUCUCCCUGAUUCCGCCACCAUUUCGUCCCACAGGUCCAAACGUUUUCGUCUUUCCCUUCCGGAGGACGACGAGGAUUGUGUGCGGGGCGCUGUGAUGGUGGACUCUGUAAAAACAGCCAUCUGGAAUGCCUUGAAUCAUUAUGCCUACGACGAUGCCAUCUUUGCCGCGGAGAGGCUCUACGCCGAGAGCAACACAGAUGAAUCCGCAUUCUUAUUGGCCACAUGUUUAUAUCGGGCCGGAAACAAACAUCGCGCCUUCGAAAUACUCAGUCGGUGUCACCCUGAGCAGGCUAGUCCGGACAUACGGUACCUGUUUGGAAGAAUUUGUUGUGAUCUGGAGGAUUAUCACCGGGCAGAAAGUGUGCUUGCCAACGCUUCGGACUUCGCCAAACCCUACACCAUUGAGGAUGUCGAGAAUUUCUACAAACCCGAUACUGUCAGUUAUGCCCUGCAGUUACUGGGAAACGUUCAUCAGAAAUUUCAGAGGCGCGAGCUUGCUGCUUCGGCGAUGAAACGGGCCCUGUCGUUAAAUCCGUUUCAGUGGAGCACAUUCGAAGGACUAUGCCGUAUGAAAGAGAAUGUGGACACCAAAGAAACUUUCUUCCGUAUGAUCGCAUCCAAGUCCAGUCAGUCGUUGGAUCUGGAUAAUGAGGGCCAUUCGGAAAGUCCUCCCGUUUCCGAGGAUGUCGAAAUGGCUCCAGUUGAUGAAGUGGUAUCGAGUACCCCGCCUGUGAUAGCUUCCACACCCUUGAAACCAGCUCUUGUCAAGAAAAGUAUUCCUAAAACUUCCGAAAGAAAUAUUGUUGGCACUGUAAAACCCAGAAUGAAAGCCAUUGUUGAAGAGAGUCAGAGAUCCGGUAGUCCGUUGCACUCACCCAUCUCUUCGUCGUUUAUAAUGUCUUUGGGAUCCCCAUCGCUCCGUACACCCAACGCUCCCUCACCGCCGUCAUCGAAUUCUCACCUGAACUUAUCAACCGAUGGCCCGAAUGGCCGUAUUUCCGUUGUGGCUAAGAAAACUAAGUCGAAGCCUCCGUUCAGAGUCUCCGUAUCCAACUCCACCACGGAGAGCCCAGCAGCUGCGCGGACUCGCCGACUCAGUGAUGUCUCUAUUGUGUCUUCGGUUGUUUCUCCACAGCCACCUCUCAGACGCAGUUCGAGGAUUCAAGCCAAUAAAAGUGCGGUGAAAGAGAAUAAUUCGCUGAACAAACGCCAGCUGACCGAAGUGAACCUUAAGAAGAAUCGGUCUAUUGAGAAGCUAGAGGAAAACAUCCAUAUUAAGCAAGAAAUGCCGGUUGAUGUUAUCGAGAAAACUGAAAACGUUUUAACCACAAGGAAUACUCCCGUUAUUGAACCAGUUAAGCCAGAGCCAGCGGUCGUGCGACCGAAGCGGAAGAAGGAGACUUCGCUGUCGGUGCUGACUCGCACCGUGGUAGAGCCAUCUACAUCCACGGAAGCUGUUUUGUCUGAGCAGGAUCGAUUAACUGGGCUUGUUAUGCGCUCGUACUAUCGGUUUGGGGAAGCAGUCCAAGCUCUGCAUAAUUAUGAUAUCCAAAACGCAAUUGCGAAACUGGACAAUUUUUCAUCAGAACAGCAAGAUACUCCAUUUUAUUGGUACUUGAAAGGUCGCCUACAUUUUGAAAUGUUGGAACACGACAAGAGUGUACGGGCGUUUGCGGAGAUGAGACGACGGGAUAUGUAUUAUGUCAAAGGCAUUGAUUACUACAGCGUGGCCUUAUGGCAUCUGCAAAAAGACAAAGAUCUGGCUGUUCUUGCGAAGUACCUGAUUGAGCACCACAAGUAUGCUCCCGAAACCUAUAUCGCCUAUGGAAAUCUCUUCAGCCUGCAACGCGAGCAUGAAACGGCGAUCAAGAUGUUCCGGCGUGCGCUCCAGUUAAGUCCAAACUAUGCAUACGCCCUGACGUUGCUGGGACAUGAAUAUAUUGCGUUGGACGAAAUGGAUAAAGCAGUGCAGUGCUUCCGUAUGGCCUUGAGUGCUGAUCCAUCCCAUUACAAUGGAUGGUAUGGAAUGGGACUGAUAGCCUACAAACAGGAGCAGUACGCGUCGGCUCUGACCAGUUUCAAAAAGGCGCUGUCCGUGUAUCCCUCCAAUCCGAUCAUCCUAGUCAAUUUGGCCGUUGCUCAGCAUGCGUUGAAGCAGACACCGGAAGCUCUGCGGACAUUAACGGCAGCGGUCAACAGUUAUCCCAAUCAUCCGCUGUGUCGUUUUCAGAAAGCUAGUCUUUUAUACUCGAUGGGAAAACUGGAUGAGGCCAUGCAAGAUUUAUCGAGGUUAAAAGACAUGGCGCCGAAGGAGUCUCUUGUGUAUUUCUUAAUGGGAAAGGUCAGCAAACGGACUGGAAACACUCAUAUGGCCUUAAUGUAUUUUUCCAAAGCCAUGGAUUUGGAUCCAAAAGGCACGAAUAAUCAAAUAAAGGAAAAUUUUAACAAACUCUAUGGUGGUGUGGAAGAUGAUGUAGUACCUCAGCGAGCGGCCUCCGGAACGACAUCAGCGAAUACCACAUACGCCUCCGAAAUGUGAUUGUCUCUUUCUUCUCUGGACGUCUCCAAGCUGCUUUUAUGUUUAGGCAUUACAACUGAUUGUGCUUAUGCUUAUUUAAUGGUUUGCCAAUUAUUAUUUUACGGACUAUCUAAGGAAAGAUGUGUCUUCUUUUAGUUUUUUGGUCCAUGAGCUUUCCGUUUGUAGUACAGUGUGAGAUUGACGCCGCGCCUGCUUGUGUUUUUUUCGUUUAACUGUGUAGAAAGCAAGUUUUUUUCCUGGAUUGUUUGGCCGAGAAAUUGUGGAUUGAUGUGACGGUGGACGGCCGAAUCUUCCUGGCGCAAUGCACUGGCUUGUUAAAUGUGGAAUGCCAAAACGUUUGUGAAAUGCGUGGCUGCCAGGAUCGAUUAACUGUUUCUAAGUUGUUCUGAGAGGAAACUUGCAUAUAUUACGUUAUGCUUAGACGUUGGCUAGUAGUCAUUUGUAUCUUUAUGAUCCAUUUAAUUCGUUUAACAGAUUGAUGUAUUGUGCAUUUUUGUCUACAGUGACGGUUAGAAAAUGUUGUGGUACAAAGUGCUAAUACUUUUUUCUGACAUUUGCAAUAUUAUCUUAAUUCUCUGCUCGUCCUGGUCCUGCAGUUCAAUGAUCAAUCCCGUUAUGUUAAGUAAACUUGCAUC